GCUUGUUCUGCUUCUUCAACGUCCUUUUGUUUCUCAUGGGAGCUGCCAUGUUCAGUUUAGGCCUCUGGGUUUUGAUCACCAAGAGCGCCUACGUCACCGCCCUGCAGUCCGUUUUCGACUCCUUCCGAAUCCUGCUGUACAUUUUCAUCGUGGUUGGCGCCGUCGCCAUGUUUCUCGGCUUAUGGGGCAUUCUCGGAUUCUACUUUGGAAUAAAAUUCAUUUUGAUGGCCUACAUCCCGUUCCUGAUAGUCCUAAUCCUCUUCCACUUUUUCCCUGGCUUGUUCGUCUACUUAAAACAGCAGAUGAUAGAUGACAACCUCGGCAAGAAUGUCCUCAGCCUCAUCCAGAACUAUAACCCAAUGGACCAGGCCAACCAGCACAAAGAGAUAACUUGGGAUUACGUCCAGGUCAAAAUGUCUUGUUGUGGCUGGAGCGGGCCGGAAAAUUGGAAAAACAACACCUUUUUCCAGGAUAAGAUGGGAACCUACCCAUGUUCUUGCAGCGACCACCCAACCAGCUUCCAACCAGCGCUGGGCAUCUGCAGGUUGAACACCGUUUCCCAUAAAUCUGUGGUAAAUGACUGGCCCGUGAAAAAACAGGGAUGCGGUACGCCUGUGCGAAAGUGGUUCAAGACGGUAACGGACACCGUGUUCCUCGUGUCCUUCCUCGUGAUCGCCUUCGAGAUUCUGGGAAUCGGCCUUUCGUUUUACAUUUGCGCAGGCCGAAACGUGUACGCUGUAGGUCACCGCUGAAGCUCCCCAAGCGGAAGACCGCUGCGGUUAAGGGGAACGUUCCCCAGAGGGGGAAAAAAAACAAAACAAAAACAAAAUUCCUAGUUUCCAGGUUUUCUUCAGGUUGUUAAGUGACGUUUUGGCAUGGCUGGUAGCUGAUUCGUUGAACUCAAGCCACACGU